UAUAUGUUGCCACAAUGGAUCUAGCCAAAUGCACAUAAAUUAUUUCAAGGCAUUUUGGAUUUAUAUUCUAAUUAUUAUGAAUACAAAUCUAAACUCAAAUAGAAUAUUUAUUUAAAUUCAAAGCCCAAUUAAUUCCUUGAAAAUGUUCAUUAUUUUUGGAUUGGAUCAAAAUCCUUGCCCAAAUUAACGAGCGUCAAUGAAGGAAUUUAUGGAAUCAUUAAAUGCAUUUUUAGUGUGCUUUUCCCUUUUAUUUAAUUUGCGGCUUUGGAAAAUUCCCUCAAUUCCAAUUUCUUGAAUUUAAACAUGAUGCAUGAUGAUUCUAGAUGCAACUAUUUCCUGGCAAUAUUCUUUGGAUGUGACACCUCCAUGCUAGAUCAGGAUGCAUGGCUGGCUGGAGGAGGCCGGGGAGGGAUGGGGUUGCAAGGGAGAAACAAAGGGGUUUUGUGCAAAAGCCAAUAGCGGAGUGGUGGCAUUCUUUUUGUAUAAGUGCUACCGCUAGCCUUGUGUGCGCUACAUAUAUAUCCGAUGGUCGAAAGUGUGCUCGGACCCCUGCUCCUUCGUAUCUCAUGAAAUAAAUUCUAUCCAAAUUUCAUCCGAUUUGGUUUGGUAAUACUUGGCUUCGUUUCCUUGUGAUGUACAAUAGAUAGAUUUCCAAUCACGCUCGUUGCUCCGCCUCAAUAACUAAAUUCCCCCGAAUCCUAGCCCGGCCCACCCCGUAGCAACCAAAUCUUUCCUCUCCUCUGCGGCCGCCGCUGCGUUUCUAGGGUUUCCCCAAUUCCAAAUUCAUCCGCCCCCCCGCCACCCCAAUCCCAGAUCCAGCAGUGAUGGCGACCUCGGACACAGGCGAGAAGAAGAUGAUCAUGCUCAAGUUGUCCGACGGCAAGGAGUUUGACGUGGAGGAGGUGGUCGCCAUGGAGUCGCAGACCAUCCGCCACAUGAUUGAGGAUGACUGCGCUGACAAAGCCAUCCCGAUCCCCAACAUCAACUCCAAGAUCCUCUCCAAGGUCAUCGAGUACUGCGACAAACAUGUCCCGGCCAAGCCAGGCAACGUCGCCACUGGAUCCCCCGGAGCCGCUGCAUCUAACACCGUGUCUCCUGCCGCCCUAGCAGAGGACCUCAAGAUCUGGGACGCAGAAUUCAUCAAGGUCAACCAUGCCACCCUCUUCGACCUCAUCCAGGCAGCAAGUUACCUCAAGAUCAAGGGGUUGUUGAACCAGACUUGCCAGAUUGUUGCCGACAUGAUUAGGGGCAAAACUCUGGAGGAGAUCCGUAAUUUCUUCAACAUCAAGAAUGACUACUUGCCAGAGGAGGAGGAGAAGAUCCGCAGGGAGAACCAGUGGGCAUUUCAGUAGAGGAGAAUCGAGAUCGUGUUGAAUGAAUGCUUAGUAUUCACCAUCUCAACCUUUUAGAUGCACUCUUUAUGUUUUAAUUGGUUGUAAUUGUACUGGGGUCUAUGAGGUGGUGUCAGUUAACAUAUUCAGUGUUUAUGCUUGCGUGAACAAUUUUUUUAUUGUGGUCAGUGGUCA